GUUUUUAAUAAGGCUAGAGUGAAAGUAUCUGGCUUAAAUGACGAAGAAGGGGGGGGGAUCCAUGCCUCCAUUAGAACCAGACAAACAGGUAAGGGAGAGCAGGGUGGAUUCCUUGGAGAGCAUAUGUAGUGUGGUGCUUUGGGCGACAUAAGGGCGCACUUUAUGUGCAUCCUGGGGACAUGUGGUGGGACGCAGGGCGGCACAAAACAAGAUGUAUAGGAACCAGAAAGUGGGGGGGGGGCAUGCAAUGGGCAUUUUUCUGGUAACACAAAACAAACGCACAGAAUCAGUUUGAGGGUUUGAGCGUGUGUGUAUAUAUGGCUGUGGCGCAUAUGCAGCUGCAUGUAUCACUUUAAUGGUUUGAUCUGGGCUAGAGAUGCGAAUAUAGGUCGGAAGAGGAGUCUCACCUGCGUAGCGGGGUCCCAACCGCAGGAAUGUUCAGCGUUGUAAAAAACACACAUACCCAGGACUUUAAACCUCCACACACACACCGCCACUACAAGUGAAGAGCCCAGCCAAUUACUGUCUCUGGUAUAAGCGCAGCGUGGCAGUAAGGAGGCCGCCUUGCGGCAGAGGCACCGCGUCGCCACCCUCCCAUCCCGCGAGGCGCCCCGCUCCUUCCUGGGGUGGCGCCAAGGAGGAACCAGCCUGCCCGCCUGUCGGCACAGGCUCCUUGAAAGACAAGGCCGCGGCGGCAUUUCACGAACAAUGUAUUCGACAGUUCCUUCGGAAUAGGCCCUCUUCAACACGCACCCUACCAAGCGGGGGGAAACGGCCCCCGAAACACUGCAGGAAAGGCCGUCAAGCGCGCCACUGGUGCAAAGAACCGGCUGCCGGGUUGGGCAGGGCCGACGGGGGCGCUCGAGAGACGCCGCCCCAAGAAGCCAGUUGCUGGCGCCGCGGCAAAACCCAGGCAGGGCAUGGCCGUGUUGUCGGGCCUGAAAUGGCGGCCUUCGGCGUGGAAUUCGGCCUCCUCGGCUGUUGAGGUAGACGCGUGCCCUGCCCUGCGUGUGGGUGGGUGAAGCGGAGCCUGCCUGGGAGAACUGAGGCGAGGGCCCUUCCUGAGGGAGACCCGUUGAGGUACGGAGAAGGAGGGAAAGGGCAGUGUGGGGAGUGUUUAUGUGGGGAGGAGGAUCCAAUGGCGGCGUCGGGGCUCCCCUCCCGCCUGACUCAGUGUUGAUCUUGCGAGUCAUGCUCGGGCAUGUCGGGCCGCGGUCAGCCAGGGGAGCGAAGCCCGGACUUGCCCCGGACGAAGUUGUAGGCGACGCUCUUCAUACUCGACCCCAGGCGGGGCCUUUCGCUGCAUUUCUUUCGGAAGCGGCGGUCUAACCCGGGUGAGGAGACGGGCGACCGGAGGGCUUUAUGCGGCUCCGCUUGUUGGGGACACUUUGGGGGGGACGGACAUAAACCCGUGACCGCUGAACCUAACCGAAGUUCCUUCUAAUCCUCACAGGGAAACGUGCAAUACGACUAAGAUGGCCUCUACUACCGACCAGCCCAUCGAGGGCACAUCUGGCAGCAGCCAAACGCGUCCGGAGAAGUUGGUCAGUAUUCGGGGGGAGCCUUUGCCCCGGGGACUCUAGUGCAAAUGUUUGAUUUUUAGGUUUGCAGGAAACCUGCUAGGACCACGCAAACCCGUUUCAUUUAAAGGAUUUGCCUCUUCCUUUGUGGGUUUUUUGUUUCGUUUUGUUACGGUGCUACCGCCUCCCCCCCCCCCCCCCCAAAUCUUGAACAGGAACAUCACCGUUUAAAUCGAGCUGCGUCUUUUUAUGUUUCCAGGUUAAACCCAAGCCGUUGUUGCUGCAACUUCUGAAGCUUGCUGGUGCAGAAAAGGAGACUUUUACUAUGAAGGAGGUAAGUUAGGGUUAUUGCAGAGAAUAUUGUGGUGAAACUUAAUAUGUAACCUGUAACAAUCAAUAGAAAUUCAUAUAAAAAUGAAACGGCAAUUAAACACAACUCCUUAAAAGAUAAAUAGAAGUUCUGCCUUUUUACCUACAUAACUUAACCUUAGGUUCAAAUUCUUGAUUGUGCUACGGCUUGAUGAGAAACAAUUUUAGUUAAAAUGUGUAUAGUAAUACUCUUGAGCUCAACUAGGAAGUGUGCUAGUUGAUCUUGUAUUACAGAAAAGUGCAUUGUUUUAUUUUUGCUCUUACAGGUAAUGUUCUAUAUUGGUCAAUAUAUUAUGUCUAAACGUUUGUAUGAUGAAAAGCAGCAACAUAUUGUCCACUGUGCAAAUGAUCUUCUGGGUGAUAUCUUUGGAGUACAGAGUUUUUCUAUAAAAGAAUGCAGGUAAAAAUAUUUUUUGCAGCCUGGUAUUAAAUGCUGAGCACAUGUGUUAUCUUACUGGCACAUUCUUACAUGCCAGAUAUUCAGUUUUCUACCCUCCACCCCAACACACCAAGUGCUCUCCUUAACCACUAUCUAUAGCCAAGGUUUGUUCUCUGUUUGGCUUACCAUGAUGUGUGAACCAGGCCUACAUAUUGAAACAGCCCUGUUGUAUCUAAGAUCUUUUGGAGAGUGCUUAUUCCUCCUUUAAAUGCUGCUAUGAGUUGCCUGAUGACUGGGAUGUCCAGUUCUGUGCCUUUAUUUCUUAGACCUGAAUCCCACUUACUGUGUUGUCCUCAUUCAGUAGCAUUGAUGUAAAGUAAGCAAAGCCUUUAUAAUCCUUUAUUUUUAAAAGGCUCUAGCCUUUAAGGUUCAAUCAGUAUCAAAUGAUCCAGGUUUUUACCUCAUGUCUUCCAAUUUUCUUAAUAUUUUGUACACUUUUUGAAUGAUCACAACUAAGUUUAAAUCUAAAAUGUUAAUUUUUUAUUUCAUACCAUGUUUGAGUUAUGAGGGUUUUUUGACAAUUUUGGCCUUGCCACCAGACUACACAAAAACCUUUAAAACUCAGCCCAGAAUUGAGAUGUUUCAAAACUAAAAAUACCAAUCUCUUCAGAACUUGAUGGGCUUUAACAUGAUAUGUCACGUGAUGGGCUUACUUUAAAUUUUAAAGUUAAGUUACAACAUUUAAAAAUUUAAUAAGUGAUUAAAAUUAAUAUUAUUUAAAAAUUCCCCAAAAAUGUAUUGAUUAGUUAAUAUUUCUAAGAGCUACCUGCAAAAUUUCAUUUUGGGAUCUCAAUGGGAUCACAUUAAGAAAGAAAUAUUUUGUACAGGUUUGCCUUAUUGAGUUCUAUUUAGGAUAAAUGGGUCUUCUUAGAGUAAAAUAUAACAGAAUAAACAAGACUUCAAACUAUAAUAUCAGUUACUUCAGGCAUUUCUUUAGAAAAUUAUUCAGUUAAAAGGUAUCUGAAAAGCUAGUCAGGCUUUUCUUUUAAAAAUGUGUUUCAAAGCAGAGGGAUAGCUUGCUGUUGCAUGAUAGAAGUAACACUUUUAAAUAAUUAUUGUUAGUACUUCAUUUCAUUUAAAUUUUAGAUUUAAACUUAGUUUUGAUCAUUCAACAAGUGUACAACAUAUUAAGAAAAUUGGAAAACAUGGGGUAAAAAUAUUGGGUCACUUGAUGUAAUAUGACCAUCUGUAUUUUAUCAGAGGCUAAUAUACAAAUUUUGCUCCAAAAGACGCACCUGACCAUAAGAGGCACCUAGUUUUUAGAAGAGGAAAGGGGGGAAGCCCCAUUUUUGGGGUGAUCAGUUCACAGUUGUGCAGCUUCUUUUGCAAAGGGGAAAAGCCCCGGUUUUUUGAGGAUCAGCUCACAGUUUUGCAGCUUCUUUUGCAAAGGGGAAAAGCCCCAUUUUUAGGUGGAUCAUCUCAAAGUUGUGCAGCUUCUUUUGCAAGGGGGAAACACCCUGUUUUUUUGAGGAUCAGCUCAAAGUUGUUGGGCUUACUUUGCAAAGGGAAAAAAUCCUGCUUUUAUGGGGUUCAACUCAUAGUUCUGCAGCUUCUUUAGGAAAGGAAAGGGAGCGGUUUCUACAGUUUCCAGACAGAUAAUCUAAUCAGCCAGUCACAUGUCGCUGGGGAAACAGCCUCCGUCUGCAGAACAUUCAAUGUUAUGGGCCCUGGGCAAGGGGGCGGGGCCAGAAAGGGAUCAACCACACAUUCGCUCCAUAAGACGCACAGACAUUUCCCCUUACUUUUUAGGAGGAAAAAAGUGUCUUAUGGAGCGAAAAAUACGGUAGGUAAUUGAUAGGGGAAAGAUCACAUAAUUUGAACUGCUAUUAGGCAUGGGGUGGGUCCAGGUUUUUUUUAACCAAGAUGUCGAAAGCAUAUAACUAUUUGGUUCAUAAACUUUAACUUUUUUUUUUUAGGCAACUGCGUUUGAUGAUUUCUAAAAACCUGACAGCAGUCAGUCAGCAAGGUAAGCUAGUUUGCUAUAAUGAUGCUUUUCUUUAUCCUGGAUGAGGGAAGGAUGUGAUAAUUUUAAGUUGUGCAGUAAGGUUGAUUUGGGUUGGUUUGACAUCACCUUGAGGAAGCUAAGCAAGUCAGUUUCUGGAUAGUGUCUGGGUUGGUAACUACCCAAGAACUUCAUGUAUGCUGCCCUGGGUUCCAUGAUGGAAAACAAAUAAAUAGUAAAUGGGAUAAUCCAUGUAUCCUUCACCAGUUUUAACUGGUGUGGAUUACUGUUUCAUCUGUAACUGAAACUACAUGGAAAAGAAUUGCGUACAUAAAUUCAAGAGUGUAAAUAGGUUUUGAUGGAUGUAAUAAUGGAAAAACAAUUGGUAUAGUUUUUGGAAAAUAUGCAGGGAUAUAAGAUAUGCAAAAUGAACCAUGGAAAGAGAAGAAGAGAAGUCACUGAUAUCUUUAAGUAUGUAAAAUGUUUAUUUGAAAUUGUAAAAUAGAAAAUGUAAUAAAAAUCAUAUUUUUAAAAAAGAAAGACUAGAACCAACAAUCUAUAAAAAGAACAGCUGGGAGUUUGUACUGCCCCACCUAAAAUGGAUUAUUUGGAUUGGGAUACCUGUCUGCUGGGCUUUUCACAAGAAUUAUAAAUAGGAACAGUUAGGACAGUGAUGAAUAAGUGGCUAGUAAGAAAGCUGAUUUACCCAUAUGUGGGUUGAAAAUAGAACUAGUAUUCCACUCAUUAAAAUACCACAAUUAAGGUCCUGAACAGAUCCAAAUGUCUGGAUGAACCCAGUCUUCCAGAAUGCACCUGCUUGCCACCAUGCAGUUGCUGUCAUUUGUGAAUCAUAUGCACAAAUCAUACAAAAUAUAAGUGUGAUUUCAAGUUGUAUCCUUUUCCAUCCCCAAAUUUCUCAAAAUUUGUUCUAGUUGGAUUCAGUUUUUAAAUGAUGAACAUAGAAAGGAUCUUGAAUUUGAGGAUUAAUUCAUGUAAAGCAAUAAAUAAGCUUCAUUGAUUUGUCUUAUAGGUUAUUACAAUUUUUUUGCUGUUCACAUGUCUGUGCAUUACUCCAAUACAUACUUUAUUCCUGAAUUAGGAUUUUGAGCAAUUUAUAUUUAUGGAAUUGCAGUGUAUUAAUCCGUUUGUUCUUAAAUGUGUAUUUGAACCUCCUGCUGUCCCUUUUUGGUGACUUCCAAUAUGCAUUUCUUUUUGAAGGCUCUAGUAAUCUUAACACAUCUGUGAAUCAGUCCAGGUGGCAAGUAGAAAAUGGAAAUACUAUAAAGGUAAUUUUAAUUACAUGUUACAUUCUUUAUUUCCACACUUUCAAGUGUAACAUCUGGAAUGGUAAAGAUUAAAGAGAUAUCUGAGGGGUUUGGCUUAUUUGUUUGUUUUUAAUUAAACAGGAAUCGGUGCAAGAAUCCAGUGAAGCCAGUUCUUCUAGGAGAAGAGCACACAGUGAAACAGGUGAGCACAGCCUUCUGCUUUAUCAGUUUCAGUGCUUACAGUAGCUCAGGUAUCCAAAACUCAAGUCAGUGACAGAACACACAAAGUUAAAUGUUUGUGAGAAGAGUGACUUUUUGCUGCUUCAAGCUUGAGGGUUGGUUUCCUGGUGUCUCAGUGGAAGCGAUUAUUUGAAAAUCCCAGUAGAGCAACCCUUCGAGCCAUGGCCUAAGUUCCACACCUUCUGUUUUGCACAUCUCACUCCAAUGUUCUGGGUGAUAACUUGUCAUAGCUUACCAUCCUUUAUGAGCAGACAUAUAGCUGGAUGUCAGUGUGGGCAAAAAACACUUCUGGAUUCCUGCUUUUCCCUAGCUUUUGUGGGGACAUAAUUCUUAUUUCAGCUAAGUUUAUCACCCAAGAAACUUGUGAAAACUGAAAUCUUCUUGUCCACAAGUGCUUCUGAUGUUAGCUGUUUGUAUUUGAGUUGCUUGUUAGUUUUCGUACUUGUGUACAUUAUAGUUAUUUGCAUUUGCCAUAAUAGCAGUGUAGAGGAAGUGAUUAUUUGCAUUUCCAAAUGGGACCCGAGACUGAGAAAGUUAUUUAAAGCAAGUGUGCUGUACUGAGAAUAUGGACCUCACUCAGAGAUUUAAAUAUUAUCUCUUCUAACACCUUAAAUGUAAAAUUUCCUAUGCAUCUUUACAGCUGCAGUCCUAUAUUCACUUACCUGGGUGUAAGCACCAUUGAAGUAAAUGAUUUAUGAGUAGAUAUGUAUCUGAUUGUGCUAUAUAAUUGCUGUGCUGGUUACAUUGGAAUGCCAGCGGCUUCUGUGCAAGCUUCUAACACUAAACAGUAAAUGCGGAGUGAUGAAAAUUAUAUUAUUGCAGUGAGAAGUCUUAGGGGCAUCAGUACUUUUGGAUGCUUUGGGAUAACAUGGCAGAAGGGGGGGGGGGGGAGAGAGAGAGACUGAACCAAGAAGUCCCAUACCAAAAUCAGGAACUGCAAAACUUGUAGAAGUACAGCAGUACCUCGGGUUAAGAACUUAAUUCGUUCCGGAGGUCCGUUCUUAACAUGAAACUGAAGUACCACUUUAGGUAAUGGGGCCUCCCACUGCUGCUGCUGCUGCUGCCGCGCCGCUGCUGCACAAUUUCUGUUCUCACCCUGAAGCAAAGUUCUUAACCCGAGGUACUACUUCUGGGUUAGCGGAAUCUGUAACCUGAAUCGUCUGUAACCUGAGGUACCACUGUAUUUGCUAAGAGGUUGGGUUUUUUUAAUCCUGCAGAAGAAAGUCCUUUAGAAGAUAAGAAUGAUGAAAGACUGAAACGGCAUAGAUCAGACAGCAUUUCCCUUACAUUUGAUGAAAGUCUUUCAUGGUGUGUAGUAAGCGGUUUACCUUGUGAUCUUAGCAACAUCAGCACUUCCACAGGCUCUUCAUCAAGUCCGGUAAGUAGUAAUGGACUUUCAUGAGGAAACUACGGUAUUUUCUUUAAGUCUCUCCCUUUUUUUUUUAGGUCCUCGUUGCAUCUUAAAAUUGUAUCACCAGAUGAAAUAGAGGACAGUGCUCCUGCACAUUUCAUAGUUGUGUGGAAGAGUGAAAUUCAGAAGUUAUAGCUUGUCAUGCAAAUUACCUGCUGAAAUUGCCUGUUCUGCACAGCUGUUAAACAAGCUGGAACCCUGCCCUCUUUUUCACCUGCCCUUCCAGUGUACUGUAGAAUUGUCCCCGUGUAUCCAGAAUGUAGUAUGCCAGAGAGAAGUUCUCUAGGCUACUCUUCUCUGCAAUUUGCUAUUUUUCACCUCCCCCCCCCCAAAAAAAAAGCAAAACAAAGAAAAACAAAACCCCAAAAUACAGGAAGCAUUCAGUCAUCUCAUGUAUUCAGAAAUAGUAAGGUCCAUUAAUGGGGUUUUUAUGUGCUAAGCUGUCUAGAAUACUUGAACAACUACUGAAAACUAUUUGCACCCACGCCCAAUAUGUUUUGGUCACAGCCUGAAUCUUUUCCAUUUGGUAAUGGUUCUGACCAUUUUCAACAAUGAAACCAAAUUCUGCUGAACAAAAAUAACAGCAUCAGAAAAGAGAUAGUUUCUCUGAAUUGCUGACUAUUAAAGUUUGAACUUUUCUCAUAUGGAUGACCUUCUUCCAAUUAUGUAGCAAAAUUAGUGUUUGAAUACUUAGGUGGGAGCAGCCUGAGCUGAUUGUUCUCAGUAUCUUAAUCUACUGGUGCUUAGCAAAUGUUAAAACAGAAUGAGCUCUAAGUCACAUUUUAGGAUGACAUUUGUUUCUCCAGUACUAUUGUUACUACUAAGUGUUUUCAGAAAUGUAUAGUACCUUAGUCAAAGCAAAUAUAAGGAUCUAACUUGAAAGCUUAAAAUCACUUGGUAGCUGCCUGGGUGAAUUGAGACACAUAACUCAUAAUGUCCCACUGUGUCAGCCUGUUCAUGUAAACCAGUGUUCCAGUUUCAUCUCAGUGCAGAGGCCCAUGCUCCUGCUUGCUCUCUCUCUCAAACCCCAUUGAUAAUGUUUUUUUCUGGAGAUUGUCAUUGCAGCAAAACAUUUAACGUGGUGGUACAUAUUUUUGGUUGUCAGAAUCUGUUCAUAUUUGGACAGCUACUAAUAUGCAGUGAUAGGUAUCUCAUCAUAGGAAAAGCUUACCAUGCUCCCAAAGGGAGGCUUGUUACCAGAAAAAUGCCCAUUACAUAUCCCCCUUUUCCCCUCUAUUCAUCGCUGUGUGCCCUGCCACGUCUCCAGGAAGCACAUGAAAUAAGUGUAUCCUUACCUCAACUCAAAGCACCACCCUACACAUGCCCUCACCUUUCUUCAACAUUUAGGCCAGAUACUUUAACUCUAGCCUGCUUAAACAAGGAAAACCUGAAUUUCUCUAUGGAACUAUGUAUAAGAUCACUUGUAAAUGUAUUAUUUGUGAGCCUAUAGUGUGUGUGUGUGUGUGUGUGUGUGUGUGUGUGUGUGUGUGUUAUGUUGCAUUGUGAGAAUCUUUGGGUCUCCCAUAAUUCCCGAAGCCUAGGGUCAUGUUGGCAGGAUGCCCUAGGGAUUGUUUGAUCACAUUGAGAUCCAAAGGAGAAAGAGAUAAGAUAUUGAAUUUGCAUUAUCAAAAGGCAUUGGAGAUUGAAAAUAGUCAAGUACAAAUUUUUAAAGAUAUCCCUAAAUAUAUUUUGGAGGUGAGAGCCUUCUAUAAAGAUUUGGUCUACCUGCUGAAGAAAAAUAUCAUACCCUUCAGGUGGGAGUUUCCACAAGGAUUGUCUUUUACUUUCAAAGGAAGGAAGGUUAAAAUAAGAACAGUUCAAGAUAAAGAACAGUUUCUGGAGAGAUAUCAGGAGGACUUGCAGAAAGGAACAGUAGAAACAACAAUACAAGAAAAAGGAGUGACAGACAUUGCAAACUUGUCAUUUGGACUCAUACCAUCAUCUGAAGAGGAACAAAAGUUAGGAGCAGUCGGAGGAACAGGUACUUAAUAACAAAAUGUCUCUGCAACUUCUUAGCUGGAACUGUAAUGGUUUGAACCUUCCCGAAAAAGACGCCAAGUUUUUCAUAUUUUGAAAAGAGAACAAUUAGAUCUAAUAUGCCUACAAGAGACUCAUGUGACCAGGACACAUCGGAAAUUAUUGGUAAAUAAGAGACUUGGACAAGAAUUUAUUUCAUCAGAUAAAGUUAAGAAAAGAGGCGUGGUGAUCUAUGCAAAAGAAAAAUUGGCUCCAAAGAUGAUAUUUAAAGAUGAACAAGGAAGAUACCUGGCAAUUGAAAUACAAGUUCAAGGAGAAAAAUUUUGAUAGUUGGAAUCUAUGCACCAAAUGAUGGGAAGGCGGAAUUCUUUAGGAAGUUGCAUGAGACUUUAAUGGACUAUUUAGACUACAGAAUUAUAAUGAUGGGAGACAUGAAUGGCGUAGUUUCCACAAAUAUGGACAAAGCACAGAGACAAGUAAUUUCCAAGGAAGGGAGACUACCAAAGACUUUUUUUGAAAUGACUGAAACUAUGGACUUGAUUGACAUUUGGAGAACAAGGAACCCUCUUGAGAGAGAGGGAACUUUUUCUCUGAAGCAAAAAUGACAUGGACAAGAAUUGACCAAAUUUGGGUAACUAGCAGUAUGGCGCCAAGGAUUAAAAAGGUAGAAAUCUGCUCAAAGACUUGCUCCGACCAUAAUGCUGUAAAGAUGGAGAUGAAACUUACAACAACUGGAUCCUUCAGAUGGAGAAUGAAUGACACCCUAUUCAGAGAUGAAGAGAUUUAUAAGAAGGCCCAAAAACAGUGAAAGAUUAUUUUGAGAUAAAUUUGAGAACAGAAGUGGAAAAAGAAUAAUUUGGGACGCAAGUAAGGCCGUGAUGCGAGGUUUCCUAAUACAACAGAACUCCAUAAAAAGGAAAAAUCAAAAUGAAAGGAAAGGAAAAAUUCUGGAAAAAAUAAAAGAAGGUGAAAAGAAAUUGAGGUCUAAACCAAAGUCUCAUGAGAUUCUGAAAGAAAUAAAGUACUAUCAGGUGCAAUAUAUGGAAUUGAUGAAUCAAGAGAUAGAAUGGAAAAUAAAGCAAAUGAGACAAAAGACAUUUGAAUCAGCAGAUAAAUGUGGGAAAUUUCUGUCAUGGCAAUUGAAAAAGAGGCAAAAAUUGAACACUGUGACAAGUUUAGAAGUGGACGGAAAGAUUAUCCACAAACCAAAUGAGAUAAGUAAUUGUUUUCAAGGUUAUUUCAGGAAAUUAUAUGCACAAGGGCCAGUUAAUGAACAGGAAAUAGAAGAAUUUGUUAAGAAACAUGGAUUACCAAAAAUUUCAGAGCAAAGCAGAAGGAUUUUGAAUGAGAAAAUAACAGGACAAGAAAUAGAGGGUGCCAUUCAGAAGAUGCAAUUGGGAAAAGCUCCAGGACCAGAUGGUUUGACCGCCAGAUACUAUAAAGUGUUGAAGGAAUGGUUAGUACAACCACUGAAGGAAGUAUGUAACGAAAUUUUGGAGGGGAAAAAGGCACCAGAGUCGUGGAAAGAAGCUUUUAUCUCACUUAUACCGAAAACUGAGACUGAAAAGAACCAGGUUAAAAACUACCGCCCUAUAUCAUUACUUAAUGUGGAUUACAAAAUUUUUGCGGACAUUAUGGCAAAAAGACUGAAGAGAGUGUUGGUAGGGGAGAUUCAUAAAGACCAAACUGGCUUUCUUCCAGGGAGAUAUAUGUCGGACAAUGUGAGGAACAUUAUAGACAUUUUGGAACUGUUAGAAGUGGACAUUAAUAGGAAGGCUGUUUUAAUUUUUGUGGACGCGGAGAAAGCCUUUGACAAUAUUGGUUGGAGUUUUAUGAAGAAGAAUCUCCAAGGGAUGGGGGUAGGUCAAGGGUUUGAAAAUGGUAUAGGUGCAAUAUACUCUAAACAAAAAGCAAAGUUAAUUGUAAACAAUGUGGUAACGGAAGAAAUACCUAUAGAAAAAGGUACACGACAGGGGUGCCCAAUAUCCCCUCUAUUGUUUAUAUUAGUCCUGGAGGUUUUGUUAAAUAUGAUUAGAGGAGACCAGUUGGUUAAAGGAGUACAAGUCGGAGCCAAACAGUACAAGUUAAGGGCAUUUGCAGAUGACCUAGUAUUGACCUUGCAACAGCCAGAUACUAGUACUAAAAGAGUAUUAGAACUAAUUGAGAUAUUUGGUCAAGUAGCAGGAUUUAAACUGAACAAACAGAAAACGAAAGUGUUGGAUAAAAAUUUAACAUUGGCCGAAAAGAGAAGUUUCAGAAUGAAACAGGACUAGUGAUAACGAAAAAGUAAAGUACCUGGGGGUAAACUUAACAUCUAAGAAUGUGAAUUUAUUUAAGGACAAUUAUGAUAAAUGUUGGACAGAGGUAAAGAAGGAUCUAGAAAUAUGGUCAAGGUUGAAACUUUCUUUGUUAGGCCGAAUUGCUGUUAUCAAGAUGAAUGUAUUGCCUAGAAUGUUGUUUUUAUUUCAGACAUUGCAGAUUUUGGACAAGAUGGACUGUUUCAAGAAGUGGCAGAAAGAUAUAUCUAAAUUUGUCUGGCAGGGCAAAAAGCCCAGAAUAAAAUUUAAGAAUCUAACUGAUGCUAAAGAUAGAGGGGGGUUUGCCCUGCCGGACUUAAGACUCUACUAUGAAUCGGCGGCUUUCUGCUGGUUGAAACAGUGGCUACUUCUUGAGAAUACAGAUAUUUUGGAUCUAGAAGGGUUUGAUAAUAGAUUUGGUUGGCAUGCAUAUAUAUGGUAUGAUAAGGUAAAACAGCAUAAAGGUUUCAAAAACCAUAUUGUUAGGAAAGCAUUAUACAAUGUUUGGAUGCGGUAUAAAGAUCUAUUGGAAAGUAAAACUCCCAGGUGGUUGUCACCAAUGGAAGCUAAAGAGGUGAAAAAACUUAAUAUGGAGUCUAAAUGGCCAAAAUAUUGUGAAAUUCUAGAACAAGAUGGGGAAAAAGUUAAAUUACAGAGCUAUGAGAAAUUAAAGUCCAAAGUGCGAGAUUGGUUGCACUACCUUCAGAUAAACGAGACAUUUAAACAGGACAGGAAAAUAGGUUUCCAGAUGGAGAGGUCAAAAUUGGAAACAGAACUGUUAGAACCCAAUACUAAGAAUCUGUCGAGAAUGUAUAAUCUGCUGUUGAAAUGGAAUACACAGGAUGAAACGGUGAAAUCAGCUAUGAUAAAAUGGGCACAAGAUAUCGGUCAUAACAUUAUGUUUGCUGACUGGGAACAGUUGUGGACCACCGGUAUUAAAUUUACGGCAUGUAAUGCCUUAAGAGAAAACAUUAUGAAAAUGAUGUAUAGGUGGUACAUGACCCCAGUCAAGCUUGCAAAAAUUUAUCAUCUGCCCAAUAACAAAUGUUGGAAAUGUAAUGAGACUGAAGGUACUUUUAUCACCUUUGGUGGACCUGCCCGAGGAUAAAAGCUUUUUGGGAAAUGAUCUAUAAUGAAAUUAAGAAGGUUCUUAAAUGGACCUUCCCUAAAAACCAGAGGCUUUUCUCUUGGGCAUUGUCGGCCAAUUGGUGAGAAGGAAGGACAGGACGUUUUUUAUGUAUGCGACAACAGCAGCAAGGAUUCUUCUAGCAAAGUAUUGGAAGACACAACAACUACCCACACUGGAAGAAUGGCAGACGAAGGUGAUCGACUAUAUGGGACUGGCCGAAUUGACUGGCAGAAUCCGUGACCAGGGGAAAGAGACAGUGGAAGAAGAUUGGAAGAAAUUUAAAGUUUAUCUUAGAACUUGUUGUAAAAUUCAGGAAUGUUAAAAUGUCAAGGGGUUGGGAAACAGAGAACUGCAGCUGUAACUAAUAAUAUUAGAAGAACUUAAAAGAAAUUGAAUUGAAUAAUUAGUUGAUUGAGGAGUUGCUGAAGAAAUAUAAAACAAGGAUGCAGAAAAGGGAGGUAUGGGGAAGUCCGGAAAGUAAGGUUUAUGAAAAAUGGCUAUGAAAUUAUACAUGUUUAUAUGUUUGUAUGUCGGUGUUUUGUGUAUUGUUUGCUUUCUUAUCUUAUGUUUGGAAAAUUAAUAAAAAUUUAUUAAAAAAAAAAAAAAAAAAAAUGUUGGCAGGAUGCCCAUCAGGGAAGCUCCCAGAAUCUGCAACGUGUUAGUCGCCCUAGAAGGUUGCCCUGUUUGCUCAGGUACUCUACAUAAUCAAUCUCCGGAUCCUGCUGAGCACAGCUGUUACCAUGUUGACUACCCCAAGUUCUAUUUUCAAUGUCAAUACUUUGUGUAAACUCUUUCUGGAACUGUGUGAAACAUGCUGAUCUUCAGGCAUUUGACACUCCGCUCUACCUGACUCCACCUAGUAUGUGAUGUAACCAUGACACUUAUCCCAGGUGACCCUGACACUUGCAGAAGAGGGUGUCCUCCUCCAUGCCAAAAAUGCAAACCUUUAAAAAGAUGGGGUUUUCCUUGUUCUGGGUCCUUCACCUCCUGACAAGGGGUGGGGGACGGGGAGAGAAAGACUCUGUUGCAACAGAUAAUAAAAGAUCAGCUUUUCUUGCGCUGGAAUUCUGCCUCAGCUCAUUCAUCUCUGACCGGUAACAAACUAGUCUGGUUGGAAAAUGCAAACCGGUUACACAGAAUUUUGCUGCAAUUGAUUUGUCUCCCCAUAUUGACACAGGUUUAUUUCUGUUAUUUUAAGCAGCUCUUCCCUUAUUUCCAUGAUUAUUGCAUCAAUGUAUUUUACAGGAAUAGGUGGCUAUCUAUGGAAUUCAAAGCCAUUAAUUUCAUUACUGUUAGUUCUAGUUACAAACUUGACUAAAAGGACAUUAUUACACCUUGGCCUCUUCCAGGAUCAUGACAGUUUAAGUGAAACAGCAGACUGGCUGGAUGAGGAUUCUGUUUCAGAUCAAUUCAGUGUUGAGUUUGAGGUUGAAUCCAUCUGUUCAGAAAACUACAGUAUCAAUGAAGAAGAAUCUGAGCUUACAGAAGAAGAUGAUGAGGUAGGAGAAUUAAAGUUAAUUGGAAUGGUAGUGAAGAAAAUCUAUGAACGCUUGACUCAGACUGGCAGCCACUCGCAUCUUAGACCAAAGCCUUUCCAAUGACAUCCAUUUACCUGGGAUUGAAUCAGAAUAUGUGCUCUGACUGGCACUGUCCUGUGGACCUUUUCCAAAUAUGCUUUAUGGGUUUUCUUGUAAGUUUCCCCCCUAACAGUUAUAGUUCCUAAAAGUUUCUGAGAAGCACAAAUUGUUAUCUGAUAAAUGGUUUAAAAAAGAUGAUGAUUAUAGAGACUGACUUGAAGUCCUUGUUAAGCUUUCCGACAAUUUUUCAUACCAUCCUCUUUCCCCUCUCCAGUUUUUACUGUUAAUUGUUUUUGCAAAAAAAAAGUUGCAUAAUUUCUCAACAGGGUAAAUUAUGUUGUCCUGUUGAUAUAGUAUUGUCUGUAUUCCAGGCAGAUUUUAAUGGUAGAGAGGAUCACAGUGAUCUUUUGCAGUGUUGGAAUCAGUUGGAACCUCAGUAAUUCAUGGAAGAGAAAUACAACGUUUACACUAGUACAAUUUGUCUCUUUGGAGUUCUAACGCCUUGCAUAUUUGUAUAAUUGGAAUCUAAAUAUUUUCUUCCAUCAGAUGUAUGAGGUAACUAUAUAUCAAACUGAAGACAGUGAUGUGGAUUCAUUUGAUGAUGAUCCUGAAAUUUCAGCAGGUGUAAGUAACUUCUUCAUUUAGAGUAAAUUGCAGCUUUUAAAAUUAGAUGUUUUUGUAUAUGCUAGAGCAACAUUCCCCAACCUGGUGCCUUCUGAAUGUUUGACUACAAUUCCCAUUGGCCACAGACCGCAUGACCAUGCUGGCUGAGGCUGAUAGGAGUUGUGCAUUCCAGAUGUUUUGGACUGCAAGGUUGGGAAAGGUUGCUUUAGUGGGUAGGCUAUGCUGGAAAAUGGGUACGUCCAAAGCAAAAAACAGUAAAAUAGCAGAUCAAAGCAGCUAACAUUAGGAAUACUGGGUGUGUUGGACAGUAGGAAUAGACUGUUGAUCUCUUAUAAUUUAUGGGUGUCAUACCAAUGAGAUAGGUCAGAUUUAACCAGGCAAUGCACAAGAGCCAACUAGUCAUGCAACUUUUCCCCAGUAGAUGCCAGCUAGACAAAGGGUUUUAUGCAAUGUACUACAGUCAAACCUCUGUUGUCGAAUGUAAUCUGUUCCAGAAGCCCGUUUGGCUUCCGAAAUGUUCAACAACCAAGGCACAGCUUCCGAUUGGUUGCAGGAGCUUCCUGCUCUCAAGUGAAAGCCGCGUUGGAUGUUUGGCUUCCAAAAAACAUUCGAAAACUGGAGCAUUUACUUCCAUUUUUUUGGCGUUCAGGAGCUGAGAUUUGACUGUAGCAUUAAGUUGCUUGGCAGUACAGAACAGUGGUACCUCGGGUUAAGUACUUAAUUCGUUCCAGAGGUCCGUUCUUAACCUGAAACUGUUCUUAACCUGAAGCACCACUUUAGCUAAUGGGGCCUCCUGCUGCCACUGCGCCACCGGAGCACGAUUUCUGUUCUCAUCCUGAAGCAAAGUUCUUAACCCGAGGUACUAUUUCUGGGUUAGCAGAGUCUGUAACCUGAAGCGUAUGUAACCUGAGGUACCACUGUAUAGCACAGGUGAAAUGGUUUGCACCAAUGGAACGUUGUUGCACAAAACUAUAAGCAAGUUGCUGGUAACUUUGUUGCACAUCUUGCAAAACAAUUUUCUGCUAGUGCAACUGUUCCUCUGUUGAGCAACAUAAACUGAUAGACCUGAUAGCCCAUAGUCUGCACAAUCAAUAUUUAUAUGAUGCUGAAGGCUAGUGGGAUUGCAGCCCAUGCUUCCUAUCUUGAGCAUCCCUGCUCCUUCCCUUGGUGUAGUAAUAUCUGCAGAUGAUAUCCGGUAUUCAUAAUACCUGAAGUAGAGUCACUAAAAUCAGUGGACCUAAGCACACUGAUUUCAGUAUGUCUUAAUCUGAUGAUAUCACCCAUGUUUCUUGACUGUGCAGAGGAGAAAAAUGGUUGAUCUUUGCUUUUUUUUAUUAUUUUGGUAAAUGGUAGCUUAACUGUUUCAUGUCUAAUUGACUCUAGGAUUAUUGGAAGUGCUCCAAGUGCAAUAAAAUGAACCCGCCUCUUCCACGCCAUUGCCCCAAAUGCUGGGCUCUUCAGGAAGACUGGCUUCCUGAGAAGAAGACGGAAAAGUCUGUAGAGGGCAAAAUUGAAGAUGACACACCACUGGAUCCUGAGGAGGGCUUUGAUGUUCCUGACUGUAAGAAAGGGAAAACACCUGAAGAUGAAGCAGAGGACGACUCAGAACAGAGCUCUGACUCUCAGAAAAGUGAGGACUAUUCUCAGCCCUCUACAUCUAGCAGUAUGCUUUGUGGAAGCCAAGAAGACUAUAAAGAACCUGAGAAGGAAGAGGCUGAAGUCAAAGAAGAAAGCACUGAUUUUGUUUUACCCCUUUCUGGUGUGGAGCCCUGUGUCAUAUGCCAAACUCGGCCCAAAAAUGGUUGCAUAGUUCACGGAAGGACAGGACACCUCCUGUCAUGUUUCACAUGUGCAAAAAAGCUAAAGAAGCGGAACAAGCCUUGUUUGGUCUGCAGGCAGCCAAUUGAGAUGAUCCUGCUAACUUAUUUUUGCUAACUGAGAUACAAGCAGAAUUGCUUCAAGAAACCUUACAGCCCUAAAAUAAAAUUUUGUACAAAAAGUAUUGAAAGUUUACAAAAGUUUUUAUACCUUCAUCACAGGAUUUUCCUACAAGAGACUUAACAUUGCGCUGAAGCCAAUAGGUUUAAUUGUAAUGUUCACAACCUCCUUUUUAGCCCCAGUAGCAAACAGUUAGCCCAAGCAAAGUGGUGUAUGGAAGCAUGGCAACAAAUGAAGGGAUUUAGUGUUUGUGGUGAGGUCUUUUUAGUCUUAUUCUUCCAGUCCAAAUCUUCUGUGUCUAAAAAUUGCAUUCUUUAUUCAGAAAAGAGAUUGAAAUUACAGCAUUUUUAAAAAAGUGUACUAGCUUCCACUGUUUUCAACCAUGCUUGAAGACUAGAUACAUCUUGCAUUUACAGAAAAAUGAUUUUAGUCAAAAAGCUGUAGGGCAAACUCUGCGCAGAGAGACUGAUAAUCUUUUAACUCUGGUUAAGGGAUCAGAAGCAAGCUGUGGGAUUGUGGGUAUUUCUUUCGCCUCUUCUCUGGAAUCCAUUGUACUGUAACUGUUUAUUAGCAGAAACAGAACAUUUUUGUCUCUUAAGCAUGGUUUGAAUCCAAGGUAGAUGGAAGCCUGGUUAGUCUCUCUUUUUUAAAUAAAUAUUUUACUUAGGUUUUCAAGAAUACAAAUUAACCUAGUUUCAUUCCCCCUUUUAUUUGCUUUAUCUUCUUCAUAUGUGCUACAGCCCACAGUUUUUGCCUCCAUUUGUGUAUAUGAAGACUGUGCAGUCCUUUGCAGUUUGGGGUGGCAGGUUGUGCGCCAGUGCAGCUUUGUUAGUGUUAAUGCCAGUGUUCGCACAUACAUGGUUAAGGCAGGAGGAAUAAAUUUGCUCUGGGGCUAGGUAGAGCAGCAGCAUUUUAAAUGAAGAGUUAACAGAUCUCCAGCAUUAAAUCUCUAGUUUCCCUUUCUGGAAGCCUACAUGCUUUUGCCAGGCCUGCAACAAAGACAGAAGUGUUAAUAGGGGAAAUCAGUAUUCCCUGAAAGAUGGAAAAUAGUAGCUAGUCUGCAAAAUCCAGUGAAGUGUGUUUAAAGGGGUUAUUUGAAUCAUAGCCACCAUAUCUGCAUUUCUCUGGUAAAGGUUUAAAAGUCUGUUAAACUGAAAUUAAAUUUUGUUUUCAUCCUCAAAUAUUAUGUGAAAACUUGGUCAAAAAGCAGAUUUUUAAAUGUAUAUUCUAAGUCUCAUUGGCAAGAGGCUUAACAUUCCAUUUUCGCCAUUGUAAUGGGUUUAGUUCAUUUGAACAAAACGUAAAAUAUUGAAAUUCAGUGCAAUAAAUGUACAAACUUUGAAUUAAACUAACAAAUCCCCGGUUUUCAGUAAAUCUCGCUGGUUUGCUUUCUCUGACUGGCUUGUUACCUUCUGUAUUUAAAUCAUGCGAUCAAAACAUUUUGUAUUUUAUGUUAAGGGCAUGAGCCUGCUGGAUCACACCAAAGGUCCCAUCUGGUCAGCAUCUUGUUCCCAUGGUUGCCAAGCAGGACUUGAGCAUAGCAGUUUGCUUAUUUUGGUUCCUUAUUUUUAUGCACUGUGUCAUCUUGUAUAGGGGCAGGAAUGGGUCAUGAUCUCUCCCAACCACCUGUUUCUGUAUCAUCAGGAGGGCAUCCAAAACACUAUUACAAAGGUUUUGCACAUGAGAUUUCUCCAACUUUGGCUACCAUAACAAUGGCACUGAAUACCAGUAUUGUAUCUUUUUAGUAAAUCGCUGAAAAUUGAUACCCUGUUCAUAGCUGAGUACUGGCUGGAGCUGAAGGAAUUGACACCUGGAGGGGCCACUGUACCCCCCAUGCUGCUUUAGCAAUGGCAGAAUAAACGUGCAUGGGAGUUUGUUGUAAUUAUAACCAAACACAGAGUCCAGCCAGCUGUACUCAGAAGUUAAUCUUGUAGUGUCCAGUAGGGCCCCUCCCCCUUGUGUUUAGGUUUGAAACCUCAUGGUACUAAUUUGGUAUCCUCAUUAGGAGGCCUUCAUGCAUUUUUAUGAGGUGCUAAUUGGAAAAAGAAGGUAGCUUAGUCCACUGGUAGAAUCAAACUUCAAAAUUUACACAUUGAAACCAAGUGGUUCAUAAAUGUCUUAAUAAAAAAUUAUUACAAUUCACUAUCCAGCAAUAUGCUAAUCAAAUUCUGUUGCAUAGUUUUGUGCAAGCACAAAGCACAUUUAGUUCUCUCUUUAAGAAACGUAUACUUUAUGUAAUACAGUACUUUAUUACAUUACGCUGAAAUAACCAAUUUUUGAUUGUCAAGAGAAGAUUGUAUAGUCCAUUUGAAUGAAAAUAUAUAUGCACAUAAAAGUUUCAUCUCAACACUGCAUAAAAGAUAUUAACUAAAACCAAGGAGGUAAUAGCAGGCUUCAGUGUGGCAGAUUGGUUUUUAUCAUAAUCUGAAGAAUAAAGGGGCUCUGUGGGGCAUGAAGCAGGCUCGGGUCUGGUCUGUAAAUGGGGGACAACAAAGUCAUACGUGAGGGCACUGAACUUUGCUCUGCCGUCUGGUAUAUGCAGUUCCUGUAGCAAUGAGCUAGAGCCAGGUGCUGUUGCCUAAAGACC